AUGAAAUUAAAUGCACUAAUUAAAGACAUUCAGAAAGAGAAAAUUUUUGGAGUGGUAGAUGCAGUAAUUUACACCAUUGAAUUUCAAAAAAGGGGACUGCCACAUGCACACAUUUUAAUAUUCUUGAGCAACAGUAACCCUUACCCUAAUCCUAAAGAUAUUGACAUGAUCAUAUCUGCCGAGAUUCCAAGUCAAUUGUGCGAACCUGAGUAUUAUCAAGCUGUAGCAGAAUUUAUGAUUCACGGUCCAUGUGGUGCAGUUAGGAAGAAUUCACCUUGCAUGAUAAAUGUGGAUUUUGAUGGAUAUCCAAUAUAUCGGCGUAGAGAUAAUGGUCGUACAGUACGGAAAAAUGGGAUUGACCUUGAUAGUAGAUAUGUUGUUCCACACAAUAGACAUUUGCUUAUGAAGUACAGGGCUCAUAUUAAUGUGGAGUGGUGCAACCAAUCUAGGUCAAUAAAGUACUUAUUCAAAUAUAUUUCACCCCCUGAGGCCGGGUGGAGGAUUUUUGCGUUUGACAUACAAUUCAGGAAUCCAUCUGUUGAGCGGUUGAGUUUUCAUCUCCCCAAUGAGCAAUCAAUAAUCUUUCUUGACGACGAUUUGGUCAAUGAUGUUGUAAAUCGACCGACAGUAGCUCAAAGCAUGUUUACUGCCUGGUUUGAGGCUAAUAAAAAAUGUUUACUUAAUAUAGUUCGUGGACCGACUUCAUUUGAUGAGAUUAAACAAGUAGAUGGUGUUCAAUACAGUUCAUUUAGAGAUGCAUGUUAUGCACGCGGAUUAAUCAAAGAUGAUAAAGAGUAUGUUGAUGCAAUCACUGAGGCAGCAACUUGGUCUUUAGCACAUUCGCUACGUAAGUUGUUUGUUACACUUCUGACAUCCAAUUCAAUGUCCAAGCCAGAAAAUGUUUGGGAAAUGGUUUGGCAAUACUUAUCAGAUGAUGCUCAAUAUAUUUCUAGAAGGAACCUCUCAGUCUCAGAUGAAAACAACGAUUGGUUUUCUGGUAACAGGUUGUUGUUCGAGGAGAUGUCAUAUGAUAGGGAAGAUCUAUUGCAUCAACAUAAUUCGUUGCAUCUGAAACUAACCGAUGAACAGUUAGUGAUAUACAAUAAGGUGAUGGCAGAUGUUGAAACUGAGAAAGGUGGAAUGUAUUUCGUUUAUGGUUAUGGUGGGACAGGAAAAACAUUUUUGUGGAAGACAAUUUCAGCAGCUAUACGGUCCAAGGGCGAGAUAGUUCUAAAUGUAGCAUCAAGCGGUAUAGCUUCAUUGCUGCUACCUGGUGGUAGGACUGCACACUCCAGGAAACUAUACCAAUUGCUGUUAAUGAAGAUUCCACUUGCAACAUCAAGCAAGGCAGUCCACUUGCUGAAUUGA